CCCAAGCGGAACAGAUAGCGUUCCUCUUUCAGGGGGGAAGAUUUAGCAUCUAGCACCGACCGAUCAUGGCGGCCCUUGGCAGUCGUGGAAAUCGUCUUGACAAUUCUCCUAACAGACAAUUAAAAUCUGUUUUAGCAACUCCAGAGAAAGUUCGUGAACUUCUCAACGCAGGUGUGUUGUCGGAUGAAAACAGAUCAACUGGUGUUCAGGGGGAGCUGGAUAAGGUGGCACCAAACGGCAACAGUCAAGUUCCUUGUGAAGCGUCUAACAAAGAAGCCUUUUUCACAAGAGUGGAGUCCUACUCUUGUCUGAGAUGGGCAGGAAAGCCCCGGACUCUCUCCCCCCUGAAGUGUGCCAGCUAUGGCUGGAUCAACGUGGGCUGUGACAUGUUGAAAUGUUCAAGUUGCCAGGCUUUCCUCUGUGCAUCACUACAACCAACCCUGGACUUCCAGAAAUAUGAUUCCCGGAUAGCAGAGAUAACUAGACAACUAGAGACACAGCAUGAGAAGUUUUGUCCAUGGCCAGACUUUCCAUGCCCAGACCGGUUCUGGCUUGUCCCGGCGAACGAGCCAUCAGUGCUGCUCAGUGCUUUCCUGCUGCGCUUUCACACCACCUGUCUCCUGGAGCAGCAGCUACCUGCCAUGAAGCCAGAACAACUUAAAACCAUGUCUUUGACGGAGGAUGUGAUUAGCACUCUACUGCAGUUGAUUGAGGAUGAACAGAAGAAGCAGGGCAGGUCCCCUCUGAAGUCCACCUCUGAUGCCCUGGCUGUCCAGGUGGCUGCCUGCAUCGUGGCCCUCUGUGGCUGGACUGGAAGGUUUGUUUCCACCUUCUCCUCUUGCUGUUUUUGCAGCCCAGCUCUGCACGCCACGAGCCUACCCCUCCUCACCUGCUCCUUCUGCAUGCGCAAAGUGGGUCUGUGGAACUUCCACCAGAUGGAGGGAACGGGAAAAGAGGUAGAGGGAGACGUCCCAAAGUCCCCCACCACCCCGACGUCAUCUACACCCCUGCCUGCACCCGAGGCCCAGGGGGACAGGAAGACUCCCACCUCGCCCUCACCUUCUCCUACUCCCUACCGCAGGGGGCUGCGGAGCCAGGACAAGACCAGAGGCUCAGAACAGCCUGUGGGCAAUCCGUCCCCCAUGGUGGUCCGCACCCGCAGCAGGGACUCUCCCAGCCCCAGCGAGGAGCAGCUUGGCCCUCUGCCCAGGGGGAAGAGGCCCAUGACCGGGGGCCGAGGCCAGGGGGAGGGGACAGGGAGUGAGGGGACUGCUUCGGGGGGCUCUAGCCCCCAACGCAACCCCAAACGCAUGUGCCUCUCCUCAGCCAGUAGCCCUGAGGGCCCCCUGCAUAGGAGUGUGUUUGACCCACUAGCCCAGCACAGAGACUGGUGCCCCUGGGUGAAUGUAGGCAAGGAGAACACCCAGCCCACUGGUGGUGUACCCCUGCUGGGCCAAGACGGAGAGCACCAGCAGGGCUGGAAGGCCGCACUCACUCUCCUCCUCCCCAUGAAGAAGCACUUCAGCCCAAACAAGGCAGCCAGUCCCCUACAGGGUCCACAUGACAAGUCUAAAAGAGUGUUUGCUAUCUUCCGUCAGUGGCAGGUAUCUUCCCCAUCUCAGUAAGGUCUUCCUCUCCACCCCAGAGACAGGAUCAUCGUGACAUUCUCCAUUGAUAUUCUUCCCUGUGGUAUGCUGUACUGUACUAGUUGCACUGACAGUGGUUUCAUAUCCGUGUGUUUCUCCCAUCCGUUAAGUCAGGUUUACAAUCAUGGGGGCGGGGGGGGUGAUAUGAAUUGAAGUACAGAUGAGGAUGGUUUUGCCAAUGAACUUUGGAAUGUUGCCCGGCUGCAUGGUUCGAAAGCGAUGACUUCUCCAGACAUUGCCCACCAAUGAAAUUCUGUUCUGAAUGCAGUUUUUUAAAAGUGGGUUGACUUUACACUAAACUUAGAACCCACAGAAUGCAAUGGCACACAGACACUGCCUGGUCUCAGACCUGCGCCUUGCCUCGUUUGUUUUACCUCCUAUGAAGACCACAUGUGCUCUUGUCCUGUCGUGUGUCUAUGGCAUAUAUGAGGGACAAGGACUCUGAAAUCUACCCCGUGAGAAAGAGCCAUCUGGCUUUUACACUGGAAAAAAAGUAAAGUGUAUUAUCUUCAAAGAGUAUACUCUGUCAAGUAGAAGUGUAAACAUUUAUUUACAUUUUUAUCCUAAAAGCUGUGAGGAAGUCAUUUUUUUCAGUGCUGUUUUUUUCCAGAGAGUAUAAAGACGUAGAUAUAGGAUUUCUAAACUUUAGGCGUACUAAAUGUUUUUGCAAUUUUGUUACACAAAUACUUUUAGACACUUUGAAAAAGCUUUUUGGUUGUGUUAGUUUGCAAGUCUGAAGUGCUAAAGGGAGGGAGGGGGAAAUCUUUUAAUUGUAGAUGUUAAACCAGGUAGAACAAAUAAUUUGCCGUAGAAGUCAGAGGAUGUUUGGGGAGAACGUUGAUUUAGUCUUUCAUUCCAUUUGCCUUUGUGGUUUUCUUAGCCAAUGCAGUCCCUUCUACUGUGCAUGUGCUUUUACUCUCCUAAGAGGAUUUAAUAAAAUGUUCCUCUUUCUGCA